UUGAAUGUUUGUUGUCAGCGCGGUAUGUGACUUGUGUGUCGUACUGUAGAGCAUGGCACGAAUCGCAAAGAGAAGGUGACAUUCGAAAAAGAGGACAACUUUCUCUAUUUAGCUCAAAAUGGAUUAGCUUGGGAAUUUGUCUUUUGACUGUGGUAUAACUGUUCAACAUGCAAGAAAUAAUGGAAAAAACUGAGUUAUUGACUGCAUUAUGCAUUCUUCGUUUACCAAAUGAACUGAUGGAUAAAAAUUUGUUAAAAAAUCAUUUCUCUCAAUUUGGCAGUGUUCGCCAAGUAAUUCUCAGCACCAAGAAUAACAGCUGUGUUAUUCAUUUUACAAGUCAUGAAAGUGCCAAAAAUGCUUAUGAAAAUGGAAAAAUAUUUGAAGGUAAGAAGCUCCACGUAUUUUGGAGUCAUGUUAAAUCGCGCAGUACAGCAGUUGUAACUGGUUCACCAGAAGAGAGGAUAAAAGAACGCAAAAAAUCGAGACUCCCAACUAAAUUAUCUUCAAAUCGGGGUACAAAGACCAGUGAACUUGGCGGGGGAGAGGGAUCUUCAGAAAUUAGGAGGAAGUCAUUGAAACCGAAGCCCAAGAAAAAGAUGUCACCAGACGUUGAAGCUGAAUUAUUAGCUAUGAGUGGUAUUGAUGAAAUGAGACCUAUUCAAAGACCUUCCCGUACUCUAAAGGCAUUGCCUCCAGUGCCAGUUUUUAAAGAGACUCCACAGAAACCUGUGGAAGUGCCUGAAUCUGGAAUAGGAUCACUAAACAAGAUUGAAGAUUUGUAUUCAUUUUUGAGAAAACCAGCUGUUACUUCUGAAGAGCGGUAUAAUGUGUUGGAAGCACGUGAUAAGUUGAUGCGAACAAAAAAUGUGAAAGCAGCAAGCUUAGCUUUCGCAGAAAAAAAUGUUGGAACAUGUCCGGAUAUGUGUCCUGAAAAGGAACGGUAUCACAGAGAAGCAAAGCACCAAGUAUUCUGCUAUGAAAUGGAUUCAAAAUCUUCGAAACAGACUGCUGUGAUGGACGCUUAUUUAGCUGUAAAACAAUACUCAAGAAGUUCUGCAGACCAAGACAUGCCUCUACCACAUGAUCUUCGGCCAGCUCCUGUCCUGCGAAUGACAAUGGAGUAUAUGUUGUCACAAAUUGUGAAUCGUGUUGAAGAUCCCAAUGAAAACAUGAGGGACUGGUAUUUUUUCCUCUGGGAUCGCACCAGAUCAAUAAGAAAGGACAUUACUCAACAAGAAUUAUGUGACACUGACACAGUUACGUUGUUGGAACAGUGUGCCAGGUUUCACAUAUUCUGCUCUGAAUACAUGGUAGAUGCAGAGAGUUCGGUGUUUGACCCAAAGAUAAACACAGAAAAUUUAACAAAAUGUCUGCAGACACUAAAAUAUAUGUAUAGUGACAUGUCACUCAAAGGUGAAGAAUGCCCAAAUAAGCCAGAAUUCCAGGCUUAUAUCCUGUUACUGAAUUUAAAUGACACUGGUCGCAUGAUCGAAGAGCUGAAGUUGAACUUGGAUAUCCAAGCUGCAGAUCCAAUAAAAUUUGCGUUGUCAAUUUAUGGGGCCCUUUCUACCAAUAACUAUGUAAAAUUUUUCAAACUAGUGAAAGAGACAACAUACCUUAAUGCUUGUAUUCUGCAUAGAUAUUUCACUCAAGUAAGAGUCCAAGCACUUUUUACAAUAUGCCAAAGCUAUUCAUUUGGAAGCACAAAAGCACAGUUUUCAGUGUCUGCACUCACCAAGAUUCUUGCAUUUGAUGAUGAUGAAGAGACUGUUGAUUUUUGUGGACCCUAUGGGCUAAAAGUGGAGGGACAAGACAUAAUUUUAACUGGGAAAAACAGUAUUAACAGAACACAGCCUCCCCCUCAAUUGAGACGGUCUGUUACACUUGUUGCCACCAAGAAAGACUGUUCUGUAGCAGAGGUAAUUUGUGGAGGCCCUGCACCUAGUAAUGACUAUUACAAAAGCCACACACCUCACAACAGUUUUGACAGUAAUGGUAUUUUGAUGUUAGACGCUUAUGAUGCAACGGAUCAAGCAUUGCAUUUGCGUGAAGACAUUCUGAAAGAAAUUAGUCGCCAGGGUGACGCAGAAAGUGAAACAGAUGAGAUUGUGGCUGAAGUUCCAAUACAGUCAGCUGAAAAACAUGAGAUUGCAUACCAUCAGAAGACAGAAUUAUUCAACAAAGUGCUUGAUAAACCAAUAAUCAGAACUCAGGUGGCUGUGCACGAUGAGAAGACAGAUGUCACUGAACCAUUAAGAUCAGAGCCAGAUGGAGGAUCACCUGAAAGCAAGAAAAUUUCUGGAGGCACCCAAGUAUCUGCUGGAUAUAUACAGCAGUUGUUUAACAAUAUUAUCAACGAAUGUGUGCUGAAAUGAUCAGGGUCCUACCGGAGGCACC